GCAGAUUGAUCGAGAGAAGACUAUAUUUCACUACUUUGAACUAUGCGCGCGGAUUGAAUCCGAAGGAAGUCCUGCCAAGAUCAAAGAUGACUUUCUGGUUAUACUUUCAAUUAUUCCCGUAUUUGUUCGCAUUAAAAACAAGUCAAGGUUUGGAAAGUAACCACAGACAAGUUCUGACCAUUGGAGGGUUCUACGCUUCAGGAAAAAUGACCACUUUUCAGAACGCGUCGGGAAUCAUCCAGACCGUAAAUGAAGCAGUUCGAACCAUAAACGAGCGUUCGCAGCUUCUUCCCGGCUAUAAAUUGGAGAUCGAAUGGAGGGAUACCAAGGUCUGUAGAAAAUAUGUCUGUAUUCAGAAUAUCAAUUCCAAUUAAACUAGCUUCUAAAACGAUUUCAAUCUUCUCGCUAACAGAAAUAUAUAGCAACAGAUAUUCUGUUAUGAUAGAACACGGUUUAAUAAUCAACAGUCGUAAAUUGACACGUAAUAAGGACGAAAACGACAGUGUUUGAUUAUGUAGACUUCAAAGUCGAUUGAAACACACUUAAAUUCUAUACCUUAAUUAGCCGGGGUAGUUUGAUGAUUUUUCAUAACAGCAGUCUCUCUUUAUUUUCGUUGUUAUAAUCACACUCGACAUGACAUGUUUUCAUAUACACAUUUAUUUCGUUUAAUUUUCUGUUUGGUCGACUUCGUUCUUCUCUUGUUCACACCUUUGUAUAUGCCCGUAUAAAAUCUUUACUUGAGCUCUGUGAAAAUUGCAUGCAUUAUGAAUACCACUUAGAGACACAGUGUUCCGUUAUACUGGCAACAAACUGAAAGUGCGCUGCGACAGAACACAAACGAUUACUUUCUAAAGUUUCCGAGAAGGUUGUUCGUCACGUGUUAUUAUCAAUCUCGGAUAAUAGGGAGGAAAAACAGAAAGACGGCGAGAUAGAGAGAUAAGUAGGAGAAAAUAGCCGGAAAUCCGCCAUUAACCAUUCCAGACACCGAUGCAAAUUUUUCGUAAAUUAAAGGUGCUCUUGAUUUCCAAGAAAUGUUAUGGGCGUAACGAUACUCGUCCAAUAACCAUUGUUUUUAUUCUGCAUAGCCUUGUUUUUUCCCUUAAGGAUUAAUUUUAAACUGAUAACGCACAACAUUCGCUAAAAGUUGACUCGUCAGAGUUUUUUCUUUUCCAAGGCGAAGAUGUCUUCUUCGCCCUAAAUUAAAUAACUCAAGACGUGAACUAAAUUUUAAAGAUUGGGCCAAUAACGCUCCUAAAGUGGAUAAUCAAUAACGCCGGACCCACGUCUUAGCGAUAAAGGAAAAAUUUUAAAACAGCCUUCGAAAUCGCUCUCAAAGGGGGUAAAUUUUAAAACGCCGGCUUAGAGUUUUCGACUAGAAACCAUUUGAAAAGCGGGCUUCUCAUGAACGCUGACGUCACCGCUUUUUGCAUCUUUGUGUCCCGUGAUAAUGCGCAUGCCCAAGGGUGCUGAAAAUGUCUUACUAGUUUUUUUUCAGUAGGGGGGGGAAACUUUUUUUUUUGUUUUGUUUUUUUUUCAGAGUGGAAACGCUUUUUCAAAUUUAUCUUUCAAGUUGUGAACAGAGUCUUCGUUUGCUUCUGAGCUUCGUUGCAUUACAAUUUUUAAUCAUGAGACGUUUGUACCCAGUCUGUCUGUAGCGAGCCUUUUAGGUAUCUCGUUUUGUAUUUCUCAGCGAGUUUUUCUGUGAUUCGUCCUCGACAAUAUUUCACUUGUCAUUUAUUUUGUUCGCUUUUCAGUGUCAGCUGGGUCAUGGAGUCCAGGCUCUGUUUCAAAGUGUUAACGAGUCUCCUACGAAGAUAAUGCUCCUUGGAGGAAUGUGUAGUGCUGCAACUGGACCAAUUGCCGAAUGCUCUCACCUUUUAAACCUGAUACAGGUGAUUUAAUUGUAUCAAGAGGGUUCGAAAGCAGUCAAUCUCAAGUAACAUUUUUCCAUGGGCAGUAAUUGAAGUUGGCUUGACGAUAAUAACUGAACGAGUUGAUUAUGGGCGAUUAGGCCGCGAAAUUAUUAGCCAUGAUGUGUGCGCAAAAAAAAAACGAAAAAACAUUCGAAAUGGUCGCAUGUGCUCAAUCUAUUUGCGAGGGGAGAGCACAGUGUAUGACCCGAGAUGAGCUCAUGCGCUGCGCACCCGAGGUAAGCGCACAAGUUGAGUGUUCUAGCUAUAUUUGUCUCAUAUAACUCGACACUUUGUUCAUGUUUGCUGUGUCUCUCAUAUGGCGCACCAGGCCACAUUUUCUUAUAUGCUGCUGCCUGUACAAAAUGGUUCAAAGAUUUCUCUGUAGAUGAAGACUAAUGACGUUCGUCUUCUGCAGGUCGGCUAUGGGGCGUCGUCUAUUUAUUUGUCUAACAAGCAAAAGUACCCACUUUUCUUCAGAACGGUUCCCCCAGAGAAGGGGCAUAAUUCUGGGCGCGUGGCUGUACUUAAGUAUUUCAAAUGGAUGAGAAUUGCUAUAUUAACAGAGAGAGAGCCUUAUUAUGAAGCUGUAAGUAAAAACAGUUUUCCUUUCGGUGGUGUGACGUACUGAGUUUGCCAUGAAUUAAUGUGUUGUAACGUGUCAUUACCAUAAAAACAUUUAAUUUUUUUUUACUGUUUAAAAGGCUUUGGCAAGUCUGACAAAGCUGCUUGAGAAAAACGAUAUGUCAGUAGUGGCUCAAGAAUUUCUUGGAGAUGGAAUGGAAGAAGACCGCAAAUCUCUAAUCAAGUUAUUGAAGGUGUGUCUGUUUGAAAGGGUUGGAGCGGGAACCCACCAGAGACAAUUGAAUGCAGGGGACCACAAAAACACAAAACCAAACUCAGUUGUUCUCUGUUCUUGGAUCUCAUUGAAUAGAGAUAUCACGGGCGAGGCUUAGGAAACCCCUGGGGUAUCCGUGGUCCUCCUACCUUUUUUCGUUUUAAGUUAAUAACGUACACACCAUAUAAUUCAGGUUUGCGGAUCUCAUUGUGUUGAGAUACCAGGGGCGUUGCUAGAGAAACCCUUGGGGUAUCCAUGAUCCCCUCACCUUUGUGAGAUUUGCUUAGGGUGUCCUUCGGGUGUCCUUCGGGAAAAAAAUUCGUACGCACGCAAGUUUCUCUAAAAUCUUAGCAAACUAUAUAUCAGCAGAAAGCUUAAUAAAUGCAGUUUACGACAAAAAUAUAAUUCAAGCGACCUUUCUUUUAAGGAAGUGUCAGGAGCCGGUAAAGUAUGAAACGACCGAAAGUUCUUCUAUUGAAUUUAUCGGGUAUCCGAUGCUGCAGCACGAGUAAAAUGGCUGCACAAUCUUAUUCACAAGGGAUCAAUCAACGUAAGGUGUCAGGCUUUUUCGAUGUUCUGAUUGGUUGUCUAAAUAUCGUCAUUUAAAGUUGGAGUAAAAAUAUGCGAGGCGUGUUGCGUAAAUUGACUCCACGGGACGAAUUUUUCAAAUAUCAAAAUUUCCCGACAAACUUUCGUUUGUCAUCAUUCAGAGGAUGUUUAGGCAAAAUUUGACGAAAAUCGGUCAAAUCAAUAUACCAUAAAAACUCGUUCAAAGUGGUUGUAUUCCCGCGAAUAUCAAAUGCGAGAUUUUAGCUCAUAAAGGUUCGCAAACAACUCGCGUUACGCCAGGAGAUUAUCUCGCCUCCUAAAACCGCAAACCAAUAGGACAAUGGGACCUCCUGGACUCAAUGACGAUGGAUCAAGAUUUCCCGCUAAAAGUAACCCACUGCAGAGAUGUUUUUGUUUUUUCUCAUCUCGAACGCUCAGCGGAGCGUUGAGGAGGAAGACACAAUAAUGAGCAAAGUUUCAAAGGGAAAGGAAAGACCCGCGCCAAAAAUGGAAAAACCGCAAAACGUGCUGAGGAGCAAGACAACGAAUCGUCAUAUAGCUUUCAAAAUUAAAAUUCAAGGCAAUUGUUAAUGUUUUUGUAUCAAGGCUGGUGCUUGCAUAAAGAAAAUGAACUCUUGUUUUUAACAUCAUGUAUGGCAAAUUUUGGUUUGACGGCGAUUUUUUCUGUUUGAAAUCUGGACGCCAGCGUAGAGCUCCGCUAGCUUGUACCAGUCACUCUCACAUAGGAUUUUUUUUCUUUUCUUGACAAAAUGGUACUCUUUCUUUCUUCUUUGGGCCUGCUUUUUCUUUUUUUUUUUUUUUUUUUUUUACAAGGACUUUCUUCCGCUUUUGAUUUUUCUAAGGACGGAAAAGAACUUCCACGAGUGAAUUUUGUAAAUUUCGCGACGUAACCAAAAUAUGGCAAUAACAUGAAAACCGAGCCUCAACAUGAGCAGUUGCCGCGAAAAUUCCCCCAGAGGAUUCGCCUAGGUCCGAGAUUAUGACACCUUCCUGAUUUCUAAACUUUCAUUUGAAAUACGUUUUUCUAAGUAACUUGGGUGCUUUUCAAUAUUUCAGAAAUUUUUUUAAUAGAAACGUUAGGUUGAGUGUGUUUGAAAUCAGUUUUGUCAAAUAAAAAAAAAAUGCCGUGCAGAAAUUUUACCGAAAAAUUCGAUUUUUUUACCUCUGAAGGUGGCAAGUACAAACCUAAUAGUUCAGGUUUGCGAAAAUAUGCGAAUCCAAUGAAUAUUCAAGGUAGAGGUUUUCUGAGUACUAGAUUCUAAAUUUUUUAGAAUGCACUUGCCGCGUGAAAAGCAGCCCGCGGUUGCGUAAAGUAAGUAACGAAAUAUCUAUACUUUGUGUACACACCGUAUUACAUACGCAGUACACUCACCAAGAAGAUCACGCUCGAGAUACAAAGAAUAUUAUCUUGUCUGAUUUCGCAUUUUCUCUCGCUCUUUACACAGGCGAGAGAUGCUCGAAUUAUUGUUGGACUUUUCUCUGAAGAAAAAGCUGUCGAAGUCUUCUGUCAGGUAACUGUGGGGGAAUGGUAUUUUCGGUUUUGCGGUUUUGGCUAUUUUUCAGGUCGGUUUUUUCGGUCUUUGUGCCAGAAAACUGCGGUUUUUAGUUUUUGUAGGGUGGUCACUGUGGUUUGCGGAUUUUCCGCUUUAAAGCAUUUGGUGUUCGGCAUAUGUAAAAAAAAACGGGCUUUCGAAUUUGGGAUUUGCAUGCGGUUUUCGGUUUGGAUCCAAUUUUUUUGCGGUUUUGAAUGAUUUUGUCUACGGUUUUGCGGUUUCUUAUAGACCCCAAUGCCCCCCCCUCGGUAACUGGCCCCAUAUUUUAGAGCUGCAAUUCUUGUUUGAAAUGCCCCCCUCUCGGUAACUGGCCCAUAUUUUAGAACUGCAAUUCUUGUUUCGAACUGGAGAAUCUAUUGAUAAGUAUGGCAAUGUACCAGGCUCAUAACACAGGUCUGUGGUUUAACCUGUUUUACUUGUCUCCCGCUCUCCAUCACGAGAAAGGAAUUAACCAUGUUUCGCUUUCUGUCUUUCUACCUCGAUUGCCUCAGGCGUACAAGCAAGAGCUUUAUGGCGAGAGGUAUGUCUGGAUGUUGAUAGGAUGGUAUCAGUCGCGUUGGUGGAACGCACAUCCAGCAGUCCUGUCCAAACAAAAUUGCGAGGCUAAGCACGUGAUGAAGGCUUUUGGUAAUUACGUCACAACGGAGUUUCUGAAAUUUGGACCCAGUUCCCCACGCAUGAUAGGAGGCGAGGUAUGGUGCAAUGUUGAUCAAAAGACAAGACAGAUCUCGCGGCUUUGGGGCUUAGGCCUUUGAAUAAGGCAUUUAAGUAACAGGCUUUCUUUCCAUUGUAGGACAAGAACUGAUCUAAGAUAGAGUAAGGACUAGGAAGGAAUCACAUGACAGUCAAAAGAGCUUAAGAAAAAAAGGGUGCGAAUGACCGAAUUCUGAGGAUAUGGGUUACCAACGAAUGCGGACUAUUGUUUGCAGUAUUUUUUUUUCUGAUAACUAUUAUUUGAAUUUUUAUUUCAGGGUGCGUACCAUGCAUGGAAAAUUAAAUUUGACGAGCUUGGUCUAUAUUCUGGUUUUGCGCACGACGCCUUGGUUGCUAUGGUUUUGGCUCUAAACCGUUCAGCCGAGGUUCUCGCAGCGAAAAAUAAAAGCUUGGCAGAUUUUACUUACAGUAACUCGGAAAUGGCAGGACUGUUUAAGAAGUCUUUAUCCAAAGUCUCAUUUCGUGGAUUUUCGGUGAGAGAACCUACUUUGCGUCACUCUAAGAUCUCAUUGGUUCCUUGAGAUGUUAGGCUUUCCUUUGAUUGGACGUCAUAAUUGACGAGGUGUUGACUUUAUAACAACCAACCGGAAAGCGUUCUAAUGAGUGUUUUGUUGGUAGGGACAAGUAUACUUUAACGAUAAAGGAGAAAGGGAAGGAAUUAUAACAGUCGGUCAAAUGCAAGGUAAGAACUUAACCCUUUAACUCCCAGAUCAAAUUUGUAAUUCUUCUUACUAUUAACCAUACUAUUCUAUGAUGUUAGUUCAGAGAAUUUAGUAUUGAAUCAACUAAUCAUCGCCAAAUUGAUCUUUUCUUUAUUCUCAUCACUUAUCUGGUUGAUAUUGUAUUGAUAUUGUAAGGAGAAAUUCUGUCUUGGUCACUAAUGGGAAUUAAAGGGUUAAUUUGGUUGGCAUCAUUACUCAGAUAUGAAUAGCGCUGAAAAUAGUCCAUCUUCAACUAUGCAACUAGAGCAGUUUUCAAUUGACUAGCGCAAGUGAUUCUGGAUUGCUUUGGUUUUGCUUUAACUCUGUUCUGUGAUUGGUCUAGAAAAAUGGCACCGUUUGCUCAACCAAUCAAAUGCAAAACCAAAACCAAUUCCAACUCGGUCACUCGCGUUUUCCCGCGCUUCAGCUGGCUGGCUGUUUUUACCAUGAGUUCCCCUUGGCUAACGAUGAUGUUAGCCUUUGAUCUAAUCGGUAUUUGUGAUUACUUUGGAUUUGGUUUUCCAUCACUCAAUCGAAAAUUGCUUAAUCAUUGUUGUUGUUGUUGUUUCUGUUCUUACUGCAUCGUAAGCGUGGAUUAAUUUUUUUAGUUUUGUUAUGCUUAAUAAUGUUAAUUACAUUUAAAAUGCUACGUUUUUCUAUGAAUGAUGCAGACAAUGGAAUAGUUUCUGUAUUUCGCUGUUGUUGUUAUUGUUUACAUUCAGAUCAAGAGAUAAAAAUGCUUGGUAACUACACGGUUUCAGACGAAAGGCUGGUCAUCGAGUCGUCGAAGUUCGUUUGGAAAGGUAAGUUGAGAGUAAGAAGCUAGUGCAGCUGGUUUGUAAAUUGUUGAAACUCUCUUCUAGAUCAACAAAUAUUAUCAUAUGACCCGUCUGGCCCCGCGCGCCCAUGUCGUAGAAAACCAAAGUAAAAGCUGACUUGUGCAGGGCCGAACGGGUUGACGUGAGCCAGUCCAGAAAAAAGCCGUCUGACCCUGCUACACUCACGCUGCUUUGUUGCAAAAAUUCAAAGGAGAACAGAAAUGAGACUAAAAAGUCACGUCUUUCAAUGAAUUGGGAGUUUCUCGUUCUGACUCCGAAAAAAAGGAAAAGUUUUGAUUUCAGAAUUUUUUUUGUGCUCGUGUGGCUGCGUGUGCCCAUCUAUCUCGUCCUAUUUAGGUUGAAAUUUUCAUCACUCUGUGGUCAUAUGAUAAAAUGCUCAUUAAUUGAGUUAGGUCGGGCCGGACGGGAAAAUAUUUGGUUCUCGGUCGCGAAGUAAAGACCUCGCUGCAGUCGGUCCGUACGUCAUGAUCUCAACCCAAAUACUUUCCCUUCUGGCCCUACUACUCAGUCAAUAAGUACAUCUUAUUUCUACAAAUAAAUUUGCGUUUGCUUUACGCAAGAGACUUUUAAGGGAUGGAUUUUUUUCAACGAAUCUAGUUUAGUAUAAAAGCAACUGACCUUUUGAACUUUGUUUCGUUUACCCAUCACAGGUGGUAGUGUUCCCGCUGACCAAAUGACUACGGUGGACAAGCUGCAGACGAUUUCGAUCGGAUCGUUCGGAUUUUUUUGUGCGGUUGAGGUCCUGGGGAUUAUCAUUGCUGUGGCUUUCCUGGCGUUCAACAUUUCUUACAGUAGUCACAGGUAUACUGAAUAGGUCCGCACGUGCAUAUAACGUAAACUGUUAACGAGUCUUGUACCCAGACCUUCCACGGCCAAGCGGUUGUCUUACAUCUCACUUAAACGGUAGAAUCUGGGUACAAGAUUAACUGUUAACUGCAUGUGGCAAUGUUAUUAGCAUAUAUGGCGUAGAGCUAUUGUAAACCUAUUUACCCAAGGAACUUGACGAGAUGAUAAAUCUACAGAAAAGAGACACAAGGAACACUAAAAUAUCGAAAGUAUGAAAUGGAUAGUGAACAAACGCAUGAAUAAAUGAAGAAAAGAGGCAGGAAUCAACCCAAGAACGAUUGUACUUUAAAAACUAAUCUCGUACCCAGAUCCCUACCGUGCAACUGUAACUGAAAUGUAUAACCGCUUAGUUGUGAAAGGUCUGGGUACAAGACUAUUAACAGACAGACAAAUUGACAAACAUAUCGGUAGAUGGAAAAGGAGUGAACGUAUAAAAGUAGGUUAAGAUGAAGUUUUGGAAAAAAAAGAGGAAGAUUUUAAUUUAAGGCAAGUGCUGAAAUAAGGCAGACCCAUAUUUCCCUGCAUUUUAAUCAUUUAACAGCUUAACUUACUUAUAAGUUUUCCUUACUUACGAUACACCAUUAAUCUUACUACAUAAAACAUCCGAACAAUUUGUCAUUGACUUUACUUACCGGGCACGAGCAUCGCAAAAACUACGAUUUCUUGGCUUUUACAUAUUGUUAGUUUUUUCUAUAAUAUAUGCAAUAAAACAUGAAAGAAUACCUGGUGGAAUAGCAAUCACUGAAAAAAGCGCGUUAAGACUCAAUCAAAGCUGAUAAGAGCCUUAUUUGGAAUUUUAGAUUUAUCAAGAUGUCAAGUCCACGUCUAAAUAAUGUCAUUGUGGUUGGUGCCAUUCUUAUUUACAUCGCUGGUAUUCUGUUGGGCAUCGAUGGCAACUUCGCGAGUAUCGACAUUGAGGCAAUUUUGCAAUGCAGAGUAAGUACCUUCAACCACAUUUUGUUGUUAUGAUUAAAACCACGUAGAGGCCCAAGGUUCCCGAAUAUGUUCCAGGAAAUUUGAAGACCUAACACUGGAGACAAUUAACGACUACAAUUCAUCAAUCACUGGAUUUUUCGGAAGAUGCUAACGAUUCAUAAAUUACACCAGACUCGCGGCAAUUUGUUUACCGAUGCAAAAGAUCACAGGUCAGCAUGUCUCGGAAAAAACGCGUAUUUAAAGGAUUUAGAUACACUGAUUCCCUUCUUGUUGCUGGAAAUGGUUUACUAAGACUACAGGACCAAAAGAAAUCGCGCAAGAGAUAGCUCAUUCCCUCAAACGCCUAUGAAAAAGUUCUUCCUUUUCUUUCUGUUUACGUUUAGCUUUCGACCUGGGUAGCUUGUCUUGGAUUCACACUCGGUUUUGGUGGCAUGUUCUUAAAGACUUGGAGAGUGCACAAAAUUUUUCUUAAUAGAACAAAGAAAAUGGUAAGUGUCUUCGAACGAGGUGGUUACCAUCCGGUUCAAGCGUUUAGACUGAAAGUAGUCUGUCCCAAUAGAUGUGUCCUCAGGAUAUUUUUUUUUAUUUUGGUUGCGAAAAAGACAAUGGCAAAAGGUAGAGAAAUUUCUUGACCUUGCCAGGAGACUAAAGACUUGCCGUGCGCACGGUAGAGUUUGAUACAUUCCUACAAAAGGAAAUUACAAAAUCUACCUUUUCCUUGGCCCCUCCAUUUUUUUCCUCAAUAGAUCCAACAGACAACUUCAAAAUUCCUGUGACUCUCAACAAGCGGCUUGCACAAAUAGCUGUGAGGCAAUGCGCGAAAUCAUUUUGUUGCCAUUUGCGCAGAGGGGGUUGUUAUUCACCCUUGUGUCACCUUUUGAAGCCAAACCGUCUUCAUAUUUGUAAUAAAAACCUAUAUUUUAUGACCACGGCAUAUUUUGACCGUAACAAUCAAGUAAUCAAGAGCGUCUCUUUUACUACCAACAGAUCAUAACUGACUUCCAGUUGUUCGCAAUGCUGGGUCUGUUUCUUUCCAUCGAUCUCCUAAUUCUUAUGGUUUGGGAGAUUGUUGAUCCCUUGUACGCUAGUAAACACUACACAGGACGAGAGGUUUGUAAACAGUUAUCAUCUUUCACGUACCUAUAAGUCACUUCACUUUCUUAAGGACUUUUGACGAAACUACUGUAGUAUAACUUAUGUCGUAAAAAAAGGUUGGAGUAAACGCUUUACCUUCUGCCGCGAUUGGAUUUUAAACUUACCAAUCGUCGAAGUCUUCUCCAGCUGUCUCAAGGAUAUUAAUUACCUUUAUAACUCAGUGUUCCAAGAACUGUGUGGGUGGUAGGCGCGCUAAGGUCCAAAUUGAAAUGUGCGGGGUUCGAGACACUAGCUGGAUCAUUGCGAUGCGUUCUUAAGUGUGACACUUCACUCCUAUAGUGCCUCUCUCUCCACCCAGGAGUCUAAAUGGAUACUGUAGAACCAGAAACCUGAAAAAAUGGAAUAGACUCACCGCCCAUCCAGGGCGGAGUAGUAAUAAUCCUAGUCGCUUCUUUUCGUUACAGACGAGGAAAGAUUCAGUAAGAUGAUUCUGCUAUAUCGUAAGCAGACCUUACCUUUACCUUUCUACAUUUCAGGAAUACCGCCUAUCCACGGACACCAACUACAAGGCUUAUUACAUCGAGUGCACCUCGAAUCACCCGAAAAUCUGGCUUGGGGUUAUCUAUGCCUACAAAGGACUUAUGUUGGCGUUCGGUGCCCUGAUGGCCUGGGAGACAAGGAAUGUCACUUUCCCAGCGUUGAACGACUCCAAACACAUCGGUAUUUCAGUGUACAACGUGGUAUUCCCGUGCGCCCUUGGAAUGACAAUUGUCAACGUGGUGGAUUAUAACCCGAAUGUGUUUUACGCGGUUCUUUCCGUGUUGGUUGUUUUCUGUACCACCAUUACACUGUGUAUUGUGUUUGUUCCAAAGGUGAUGAUGGCUGCAAUCUAACUUAUUUGAUUAUCGGUUUUCUUUCUUAGACACCCUGUACGCUUACCUGCACCCGUUUUCAGGAAAAUCGUCUCUCUCCCCACUGAAAAAACUUGCCUCCCCGAAAGCAAAUUUCCUUUAACGUUGCAAACCAGUGACAGUUUAGAGAACCGCUAGAUUUGAUUAUAGCGUGAUUAAAUCUCCUUCGUUAUUUCGCUCAGCUGCUGCUUUAGCGCCGUUUGCUGUCUUGCUCAUUUUAAUUAGCUGAAUACAUAGAACAGGCUAUUCAGCAUGUUUUUCUUUUCUUGAUAGAUAUCAACCGUUAGAGCAGAUCCUCUGGGGAAAAACAGACCUCGCUUUGUACCGGCACUGAAUCGUCAAACAGUGCGGGGGCAAAUAGACGAAAGGCAACAGUUACAGCCAGUUCAACAACAACAGCAGAGACCUAAUUCUACUCAGACACAAGAAAACAGUCAACGAACAAAUGCUAGUCCUAUAUAACGUGCGGUGCGAAGAUUAGUUAGACGCGAGUGAAAUAGUUUAAAAUCCAGUAAGAC